GUACAAAAUCCCACAUGGUUAUGUUGUAAAAACAACUUGGGGCCGAGCUGCUAAGAAACGAACUGUUUGUUGUGAAAUUGACUAUAUUAAUGCAAUACCUCAAUUUCGUAUCAAAUAUGGUUCUAAUUUUCAACAUGUCAUUUCUUCAACCAAAUCUGCAACUGAUGCAGCAAUUAAAUACGAACGAUCGUUAAAGCCAGGAACUAAAGCAAAGAUUUCAGGUCCUAUAUUAUUUGGAUUACAAUUAGAUAGCGUACGAAAGGCACGUGAAUCAAGGAAGAGAGGAAAUUUAAUUAAGCCAGCUAUUAAUUGUACCCCAUCAACACUUGAAAAACGCGCUAAAAAGCUUGCAACAAAAAUACAAUCUAACAUCAAAAAUGAUGUCAAGGGGGUUUAUCACCAAUCUGAUCAAGUCAUAUUGAACAAUAUUGAAUUUUCUGUUAACAAAAAAGAUUGUUUUCAAGUUAACUAUGGACCUGAGAAUGAAAUUAAUAAAACCCACAAACUCCGUUCUGUGGUAAAAGCAGUUGAUCAAGGUCAAAUAUCCAGAGAAUCUUAUCGAGAACUAGCAGCAGUGGAGGCUAAUUUACCACGCGAAAACUCUGUUUCUAAUGAACGUAUUGCGAUCACUGAUAAUAUGAAUCAAUUAAUCAAAAUAUCACUAGUUGAUAUGAAUGGAAGGGACAAAUUAGAAGAAGCUUUGGGAUCAGAUGAAUCAGAAUUUAGAAAUCCAGAAAUUACUCAAGAGGCUAUUGAUAUAAUGGGCAUAGGUAUUUACCGAAGUAUAAAAGAUAUCCUCAAUUAUAUUAUCCCUUAUUUAAAAGAAAAGAAGGUAUUGAGAUUAUCAGACACGACUAUACAUUUACGCAUUUCUGGUGAUGGGCGUAACGUGG